AUGGCAGAGUUUUUAAUGAGCGAAGCCGAUCUCAUGACCCGACAUCUGCGAAUAGCAUCACCAACGAGACGAACGAGCGCGCUACCCACGAAGCAGCCCCCGAAGCAACCCACUAGGCAACCCAUACCGAAAGCAACGAUGUCGGCACCUCGGCGACAGAUGACGGAUCGUGGCGCGGCCGUAUACGCCGCCGUAGAAAAGAGCGAACAGAGUACCGAAUGUCUCUGUUGCGGCGCCGCACACGUAACGCCGAAGUGUAAGAAGCUGAACGACAUGUCGUUAUCGGACAGAUGGGAGUGGGCGAAAACAAAUAAGAUGUGCUUCCAAUGCAUGAACAGCACGCACAGAAGGUUCAAGUGUAAGGCACGCAAAUGUGGUGUGAGAGAGUGUCGUAAGCCACACCACGCCCUGCUGCACCCCCCAGAAGAACCGCCGAAGCGGCAAGAGGACACCGCGAUUACAGCCGCAGCACGCUUGCCAGAGAACAGCCAAGUGUUGUUAAAGGUGUGUCCUAUCAUCGUGAAAGGCAAGACGGGACGCGAAGUAGAGACGUACGCGAUGCUAGAUGAAGGCUCGACGGUUACACUCAUCGAUGCGGAGAUCGCAGAACAGAUCGGAGCCGAAGGUCCGACGCGAUCUCUGAGAAUUCAGGGAGCGGCCUCGAGCUGGCACGAAGCCUCAAGCCGAGUGGCUGAUGUCAUCAUCAGAGGGCGACACCAUACGGACGAAGAACACUCGGUGAGGGCGCGUACGAUCCGGGAUCUCACCCUAGGAACGCAGCGAGUGAACCCGGAAAUACUCGCGUACGGACACCUGCGACAACUCACUUGCGAGCAAGUGUGCUACGAAGAUGCCAGACCCAAGGUCUUGAUCGGGUCAGACAACUGGCAUCUGAUUGUUACGCGGAAGCUGCUCACAGGAAGGCACAAUCAACCCGCAGCGUCGCUGACACGACUGGGAUGGGUCAUCCACGGAACGGUACCCAGAAGUGUCGUGGAAGACGAGGAACAUGUCCUCCACGUGCGGUUGACACAGCGCAACGCCGAGCCAGACAUGCGGCAUAUAGAGGGCAUAAUAAAAGCGCAUUACGACAUCGACGCGUUGGGUAUAUCGUCGAAGAGAUUACCCAUUGCCAAGGAGGAGCGCGCCGUCGCCACAUUCAACCGCACAGCGACGAGGGUGGAUGGGCGAUACGUCGUAGGAUUGCCGUGGGAGAGAGAUAACGUCAUUCUACCUCCCAGCUACGACAUGGCAGCGAGCCGACUGAGGGGAAUAGAGCGGCGGAUGGAUCGCUCUACGGAAUUCCGGCUGGCGUAUACCGCGGAGAUAAACAAGUUGUUGGACAAGGGUUACGCCGAGAAAGUAACCGACGACCGGUUCAACAACGACCGCGCGUGGUACCUUCCCCAUUUCGGAGUGACGAAUCCGAAUAAACCCGGAAAGCUGCGACUCGUAUUCGACGCCGCGGCCCGUUCGAAGGGAAUGUGCUUGAACGACGUACUGCUGGAUGGGCCAGAUAUGCUACGGUCGCUUAACGGUGUGUUAUACCGUUUCCGCGAGAAGCCCGUAGCUAUCACGGCGGACAUACGAGAGAUGUUCCUGCAGAUUAAGAUACGGGAAGAAGAUAGAGCAGCACAACAGUUUCUGUGGCGAGGAGAUGACAGGAUUAACCCGCCGCAGAAAUACGUAAUGACCUCAAUGAUUUUCGGGGCGAGGAGCUCACCGUUCAUCGCACACAGCGUUCGAGACAGGAACGCGGCAGAGCACCGAGAGUCGCACCCGUCAGCGUACACCGCCAUAACAAGGAACCACUACAUGGACGACUGGGUCGAUAGCUUUGACUCCGAAGAGGAAGCAGCCCGCGCCAUACGAGAGGUAGUAGAGGUUCAUGGCGUGAUAGGAUUCACGCUGGCGGGUUGGAAUACAAACCGACCGAGCCUGCUAGAGAAUGUGAGUGAGGACCAGCGAGCGAGGACGCCGAAGGAACUGAGAUUGCCGCGAUGGUAUGGCACGAACGACAGCCAAUGGUCGCAACUGCACGUAUUCACGGACGCAAGCGAACAGGCAUAUGCCACAGCCGCGUAUUGGAGGACGGAACGCGAGGAUCGUAGCGUUAACGUCGUCCUGGUAGCAGCCAAAGCGAGGGUAGCGCCCAUGAAAGCGCAGAGUAUACCCCGGAUGGAGCUUCAGGCGAGCCUGGUAGGACCCCGACUGGCCGCUGACGUACUGAAAGGACGUCGUCGCGCGGCCGAAGUCUUCCUAUGGACGGUCUCGAAGAAGACGCUACAUUGGACUAGGAACGACACCGCUCGAUACAAUCCACACGCGGCCCGCCGGAUGGCAGAAAGCGCCGAACAUACAGAACCAACACAGUGGCGCUGGGUACCGACCGCCCACGACGUAACUAACGACGCGACCCGCGCGAGAUAUACAAUACGGACCGCCGCCGACAGAUCCGUCGGGCCGGCGCUUGUAUACGCUCCAGAGAAAGAACGACCCAAGGAAAGCAAGCCCGUCCCUGCAGAGACAGUAGCCCGUGCCCGGGCGAAGGCAAAGCCCGUAAUGGACAGAAUGCGGUUCUCCUCAUAUGACCGAGUGAGGAGGACCCCGGCACAGGUGCUGCUGCUCGCAGAAGAAUACAGGCGACGGGCAUGGAAGCUGGGCCGGGAGCGCCCCGCCGAAGCGGGGAAAUGGGUCAAGUGGCGUUGCGGUGAACGCGGACGGACGGACGAACGCGAGGGAAUUUUUCGAAGGCCGACCCGAAGGCUGGUGGUCCUCCCUAGGGAUAAGGGCUGCGAAGAUCUGCGCCGGGGGGAGGCUGUUGCGGACCACGAAAAAGGAAAAACUAAAGUGGAAGCUAAAGGUCCACCGGAUCCAAUGCGAUAA